AGAAUCGGUGAUGGAGAAAAAGAGUUUUAGGGGCCAGAGUUGGGGGAAGUGAAUGUUCUUGGGUGGCUGAUUCCAGAGCCAAAGGACUCCCCUCCCCCCUCCCCAGUUACUCUUGUCAGUUUCUGAUGUUUAGGAAGAACCAGCGUCCAAUGGAAAUGGUACCUAGAGUUUGUCCUCUCUUAGUCUAGUUAGGAGGGCUGGGAAGGGAGGAGUGCACAAAGAUGAGAUGGAUAGCUUGGGCAAAUAAAAGAGGAAAAGAGAAAUCUGCUCUUUUCCUGGACUGAGAAUCGGAAGAGAGAUCUUUAAAAUGUGUGUAGAGCUGGUGGGUAGGGGGAGAUAGUCCUUGAAUGCUUUUUGAGUUUUUCCCUCUACCUUCUAUGCAUUUGGAUGAGCCAGCAGGUUAUUUACUGCUCCGGCUGAAAGUGAAGGUUGGGAGGAAAGGGUGGUUUUUUAAUAGCUAUUUCAAGCUCCUCUGGACAAUCUUUCCCAUCACAGUCUCUUUCCUUACACAGAUUCUCCCAGAGCUGAAGCUGAGAGUGAGCAUUUAGGAGAAAGGCACAGACAGACUGAAAUCUGGACUAAAGGGAGGGGAGGCUAGGGGGAUGGGGGAAUAGUUUAAAAUAACUCAAGGAGACAGGUUGGGGUGUGAAACUGGCAUUCUUGGCAACUCUGCACCCUUAGCCCCAGGGAAAGCUGAGGACUCACCUGUUUGUUUGUAUUUUUCCAAGAAUAUAUAUUUGUGUGUUUGUGUAUGUGUGUGUGUGUGUGUGUGGUUUAUCUCCCUUUGAGCAAAGAAAAUGAAAAACUAUUGGCAAGUAUCCUUCUCUUAAAGUAAAAGAGAGAGAUGCCUUGUCUUUUAUGCCCCUUCUCUUCUCCAGCCACCUCCUGUCUUUUAAAUGAUAUCUCUCUUUAUAUUUCCUUUAUCUAACUGAGGUCUGUUAACAAAGUGCGCAUGGGCAAGGCUAGACAGGUGUGUUGUGUCAAGAAAGACAGGUGCAAGUUCCCCUGUGUUUGUCUCUCUCUCUAUGCAGACCCAAACCACAGUGCUUGAGGGUUGUCGAGGUUUAAGAAUUUAUGAGUGUCCUGGUUGAUAGGAUUGUUCAGGCCGAGAAUAAUUAAGCUGCUGGUGGGUUUUGAAACUGCCAUGUGAUAUUUUUUAAGAGGUCUUUGGCAGCCCCUUGCCUGGACUCUUCUUAGACUCCUGUCUUCCAGGCAGGCACAGCCACCCCCUCCCCACUCCACCCCCCACACAAAUACUUUGGGCAGCAGGUGGAAGGGCAGACAUUGCCUGUUCCUUCACUUGCCUGUGUUCUGUUUCACUUAUGUUUAUCCUCCCAGGUUUGCAUUUGGCUUAUCAAGAGAAAAGGCAAGAGGAAAGCAGAAAGAGUUCUUUUUUACAUUUCUUUUGAAAGCCAUGGAGGUGUGUGUGUGUGUGUGUGUGUGUGUGUGUGUGUGUGUGUGUGUGUGUACACAUACCCCAGUGAUAACACCAAAAUCAAAUCUCUCUGGCACUGUUAAAGUUUAUCAUUGUAGUAUGUCUUAUACCUGUUCAGAAAGAAUAAGCAAUAAGUCUGUAUAUAUACUCACGAUUUAAUGAAAAGGUGCAUAGUUAAAGGAAAGAGAAUGUGGAUUAUUUAUAAAAUGCUACCUUCUAGAAAGUAGGAUGUGACUGACAUUACAUCAGGCAUGAUUCAGAAUGGAUGCCCUAGACACUGCUUUACCUGUGGAAGAAAACCUAAAGUAUAAACUCUGAAGUCGCAUUCUUCUUUAAUGAAAAAUAUAGUCUGUUAAUGGUGAAGAGUAUCUCAAAAAAACUUGUGGCAUUAUGAAACUGGAUGGUGGUUGUAUGUAGAGAAGCAAAAGAAAAAGAUUCAGAAAAGGGUGUAGAUGUAUCCAACAUGUACAUGUGUGUACAAAAUAGAAUUGUUCUAUGUGAAUGGCCAGAUUAAAUUCCAGUGAAAAAUAUUAAAGAGUUGGGGGAGAAAAGACAGUAGAACCUGAUCCCUUCUAACUAACAGCGUGAAGUCUUAGAAACUAGCUCAUUUCUUUUUUCACCUGGUUUGUGUGCUUCUUUAAAUAAAAUGAAUUGCAUGGUAGUAAGUUAGGUGGGUGGAUUUUUUAAAAUUUUGUUUUGUUAUUGUUUCCAUGAGGAUGGAAUUGCAUUCAGCAUUUAUUCUUUAGGCUUACAUACAUACAUACAUCUGUGUUUUCAUGACCUUUUCCCUAGUUGUUUUUGAAGUUUUCACAUGUCUAAAAUUUUAUUUAUGGCCAGGUUCAUUUGUUUUAUUUUUAACAAAGUUUGCCGUGGUGGAAGCUUAUCUGUAAGUUUGUGAGUCUACCUUGUAUUGUUCUGUUAAGCUUAAUCACAGUAUUCUAAAAUAAUAUGGUACAGCCAUAUCUCAUAUAAUCUUUGUUCACACUUUUGCCCUUUCCCAACAGCUUCCUUUUCUAAGCAAUACUUGAAAUCUUAAAGUAUGUUCUGCCUUAGUCUAUGUAUACUUAGGCUUACUCUUUAGUUAUUUAAGAGACUAAUGAAUCCUCUUCUCACUAAUUCCUUAGUAAAAUUCUAGGACUGUAGUAUAUUUGUAACUGAUAGUAUUGGUAAUUUUUAAGAUUUGGGUUUCACAAGUUACAUUAUAGGAAGGUUACUCAUUUUUAAUAAUGUAAAAGUUGGUUAUGAUUGAUAUUUGAUCUCAGGAUUCUGACUUCACACCUAAAUUGGAAAGGCAAUGUAGGCUAGGAAGUUUAUGAUCCUUAUUGCCUAGUGAGUUAUAAGGCUUCAUGGGAUAUUAUUGAGUAUACGUUGCAGAUAAUUUAAUGAUUAUUUAGAUACUCUUUAAAGAAGAGAAAUGUAUGUUUUUUUUUCCUUUUGGGAUUUAUUAUUAUCUUAUUUGAUAGCUGAGUGAAUUACUAAUUUAAAAAUGCAUGUGAAAAUGCUUACCUGUAAGUCUUUGGUACUCAGCAUAGCCAUUAUACUUAUUCUUAAAGGAUGGAUGGCAUUGCUUUUAUCGUAAACCUAAAAUCAGACAUUUCACAGGUGAAAAAUUUAAGAAAUUUUUGAUGAUGUGGAAGAAUCUUAAUAAUGAAGUAGUCAUUACUUCAGAACUCUGUUACUAUGAUAGGCACUAUUGGCAAUACAAUCAUAACUAAUUGAAGUAGUAAUUGGGGGGUAAUGGGUUCCUGAAAGUAAAUGUCAGAACAUUUGUGCCACUAAUAGGAAGGAGAAACUACCACAAAGAAAAAGUUGCUAAUUAGAAGAAUUGAACUUGUCACAUUUCAGUAUUACUGGGGACAGCUAAGUGAUUUGGGGGCACUUAAUUCACCUGAUUUUUUCCCUCAGAUUUAUGCAUUGCUAGAUCAAUUAAAAUGUUCUCUAUUAAUGACAUUCUAUUUCGAUUUCAUAACCACAUUGACCUAAGUCAGUUAGACUCUCAUCCAAAGGCUAUAUCUACAGAUGAAGUCAAGUGGAGAGUUGAACAAUUUAUUCAAGUAAUUUGAUCAGUAGAGACAGCUAAUCUAAAUAAUUCAGUAAAAAAAACCUUCUCUCUUCUCUCCCCCAUAACAAAUUAUUUUGCUUAAACCAUCUAGAGAAUCCUCUAAGCUCAGUCUUGCUCUGCAAAUAUAGCUACAGUAAAAGUAACCUCUUCUUUUGUAAAAGAAGAGAACAUUCCAUUAAUAAAUUAAUAUACUAAUGUUUCCCUGGAAUUUAUUACUAAAUAGUCUUCAUUUGUUAGCCCUUGAACCUUGGUUUUCCUAAAGAUUAUGUCAAAUUGACAAGACACUUAAAAUUUUACUAAAAAAUCUUUUGAAGCUGUUCUUUCCUUAUUUAACAUUAUCUAGGCUUUUUCUGUAUAAAUCUGAUAUGUCUGCACUCCUGUUCUAUGACAGUUUUCAAAUCAUAGGCUAUUUGAAGUUUUUGCAUGCCAAUAGGGAUAGCGAAAUAACUGCUUAACAAAAAACAAAAUCGCAUGUGCAUUUUAAUAAUAACUAAAGUAAUAUUUAGGAGGGACAUGUAGAUAGCUAGUCACUAAUCUUUCUUAGCUCAGAUUUUCUUGCUGUUUUUCUAUAUCCUUAUGAUAAAAAUAUUUACCCUUUUGUACAAACAUAUAUUCAUUACAAUUUAUGCUAAGUAGAAAUGUUAAAAUUAAACUAAAAUGAAAAUCGGUAGCCUGCACAAUUAACGCUAUCUGUUUAGUAUAGCUAUUGUAAAAAGUUUUCAGAUGCUCUCAACUGAGAGGUAAAUACCAUUGGUCAAUAAUCGUUGAAAUGACCCUCUAAAGAAUUUUGAAAUAUGAAAUCAUGGAAGCAUUAUAUAUGUAUAUGCAUACAUAUAUAAAAGUAGUUUAUAGAUCAUUUAGAAGGGAAUCCUGAUAUGGUAGCUAUCUUCUCAUACAUUUAUGAAUUAUGGAACAGUGCUAAAGAAAUAGAAGGUUCGUGGCUAGAAUCAUCAUCUGGCCUUACCUUCAUGAGUUUAUCAUUCAAACACUAUUACUCUCAGGUCAGUAGAACAAAUGUUACAUUCUCUUUGAAUCAGUUUGCAUAUUAUUCUUCUCUAUUUAUUUGGUUAGAAAUGAAUUCUAAAAUGGCAAUGUUCAUAAAGACAUGGAGCCCAAUGUGCCCAAAUUUUCUUAAUAUAUGUAUCAGUGCUUCAAAAAUACAUGCUAGAAAUUUGUCAAUAUUAGGUCUGAAAAUGAUGGCAAGUUGAAACAGAAUUUCCAAAAAUCCUUUUAGUUGAAUAGAUUUAGGAGAGUCCUUAGAUUAUUGUAGUGUUUGUUGCCUGAAGAAAAAUGUUUAAUUGCCAUUCAUCCUAUGGAAAGGAUGAAAGAGAAAGACAGACAGACAGAGCACUAUCACAUCCCAGAACCUUAGGAAGAAUGCACCUCCUCUUGGCACAUAUGAGAUGCUGGGAUACAGCUGUUGAUACCUGGGUUAGAUGAGAGGAAGUACAGUUGACAUGAAAAGAAAAUGGCAGCUGGAAAGGAAGGAUGCCUGAGGAUGACCUUAUGCUCUUUCUCAUAGCAGUAUGCAAUUUCCUGAGCCACUGUCUCAAAGAUGAUGUCUCUAUGACAAGGACUAGCUAAAAAGAAAUUCCAGAUUAGGUGUGGAGGGUCCCGGGAUUCUUGAGCUGUGCCCAGCUGACGAGCUUUUGAAGAUGGCACAAUAACAGUCCAGUGAUGCCUGACCAUGACAGCACAGCCCUCUUAAGCAGGCAAACCAAGAGAAGAAGAGUUGACAUUGGAGUGAAAAGGACGGUAGGGACAGCAUCUGCAUUUUUUGCUAAGGCAAGAGCAACGUUUUUUAGUGCCAUGAAUCCCCAAGGUUCCGAGCAGGAUGUUGAGUAUUCAGUGGUGCAGCAUGCAGAUGGGGAAAAGUCAAAUGUACUCCGCAAGCUGCUGAAGAGGGCGAACUCGUAUGAAGAUGCCAUGAUGCCUUUUCCAGGAGCAACCAUAAUUUCCCAGCUGUUGAAAAAUAACAUGAACAAAAAUGGUGGCACAGAGCCCAGUUUCCAAGCCAGCGGUCUCUCCAGUACAGGCUCAGAAGUACAUCAGGAGGAUAUAUGCAGCAACUCUUCAAGAGACAGCCCCCCAGAGUGUCUUUCCCCUUUUGGCAGGCCUACUAUGAGCCAGUUUGAUAUGGAUCGGUUAUGUGAUGAGCACCUGAGAGCUAAACGCGCCCGGGUUGAGAAUAUAAUUCGGGGUAUGAGCCAUUCCCCUAGUGUGGCAUUAAGGGGCAAUGAAAAUGAGAGAGAGAUGGCUCCACAGUCUGUAAGUCCCCGAGAAAGUUACCGAGAAAACAAACGCAAGCAAAAGCUGCCUCAACAGCAGCAGCAGAGUUUCCAGCAGCUGGUUUCAGCUCGAAAAGAACAGAAGCGAGAGGAGCGCCGACAGCUGAAACAGCAGCUGGAGGACAUGCAGAAACAGCUGCGCCAGCUGCAGGAAAAGUUCUACCAAAUCUAUGACAGCACUGAUUCUGAAAAUGAUGAAGAUGGUAACCUGUCUGAAGACAGCAUGCAUUCGGAAAUCCUGGAUGUGAGGGCCCAGGACUCAGUGGGAAGGUCAGAUAACGAGAUGUGUGAGUUGGACCCAGGGCAGUUUAUUGACCGAGCCAGGGCCCUAAUUAGGGAGCAAGAAAUAGCUGAAAAUAAGCCUAAAAGAGAGGGUAAUAAAGAGAGAGACCAAGGGCCAAACUCUUUACAUUCAGAAGGCAAGCAUUUGGCUGAGACCUUAAAACAGGAACUGAAUACUGCCAUGUCACAAGUUGUGGACACUGUGGUGAAAGUCUUUUCAUCCAAACCCUCCCGCCAGCUUCCUCAGGUCUUCCCACCUCUUCAGAUCCCUCAGGCAAGAUUUGCAGUCAACGGGGAAAACCAUAACUUCCACACCGCCAACCAGCGCCUACAGUGCUUUGGUGAUGUCAUCAUUCCAAACCCCCUGGACACCUUUGGCACCAUGCAAAUGCCAAGCUCCACAGACCAAACAGAAGCACUGCCCCUAGUUGUUCGCAAAAACUCGUCUGACCAAUCUGCCUCUGGCCCACCGGCUGGUGGCCACCAUCAGUCUCUGCACCAGUCUCCACUUUCCACCACCACAGGCUUCACCACAUCUUCUUUCCGCCAUCCUUUCCCUCUCCCACUGAUGGCCUACCCAUUUCAGAAUCCAUUAGGUGCUCCCUCUGCCUCCUUUCCUGGGAAAGACAGAGCCUCCCCAGAAUCCUUAGACUUAACUAGGGAGACAGCAAGUCUGAGGACCAAGAUGUCAUCCCAUCACAUGAACCACCACCCUUGUUCACCAGCACAUCCGCCCAGCACAGCUGAAGGUCUCUCCUUAUCUCUCAUAAAAUCUGAGUGUGGUGAUCUCCAAGAUAUGUCUGAUAUUUCACCUUUUUCCGGAAGUGCAAUGCAGGAAGGACUGUCACCUAAUCACUUGAAAAAAGCAAAGCUCAUGUUCUUUUAUACUCGCUAUCCCAGCUCCAACAUGCUGAAGACCUACUUCUCAGAUGUGAAGCACCUUUCAUCCAGAAGGAUCCCAAAGCGCUUUACAAACUGCAUACAUAGGGAUCACUCACGUACCACUGAAAUGCAGCCACCUGGAGGGUGGAAAGCGGCAGCCAUUUUGAGCCAGCAACACUACACAACAGUAGAUUUCAACAGAUGCAUUACCUCUCAGCUCAUCAAGUGGUUUAGCAAUUUCCGUGAGUUUUACUACAUUCAGAUGGAGAAGUAUGCACGUCAAGCCAUCAACGAUGGGGUCACAAGUACUGAAGAGCUGUCUAUAACCAGAGAUUGUGAGCUGUAUCGUGCUCUGAACAUGCACUACAAUAAGGCAAAUGACUUUGAGCAGGUUCCAGAGAGAUUCCUGGAAGUCGCACAGAUCACAUUACGAGAGUUUUUCAAUGCCAUUAUCGCGGGCAAAGAUGUUGAUCCUUCCUGGAAGAAGGCCAUAUACAAGGUCAUCUGCAAGCUGGAUAGUGAAGUCCCUGAGAUUUUCAAAUCCCCGAACUGCCUACAAGAGCUUCUUCAUGAAUAGAGAUUUUCAACAACUCUUUCUGAAUGUAUGAAAAGUAGCAGUCCCCUUUGGAUGCCCAAGUUAUGUGUAUCUAAAUUUUGAUUUCAUAUACAUGUAUAUGAGAGGCAUAGAUAUGUUUAUGAAAUCAGCUGGUAAUUCUGCCUCCUCCUCAUGAACUCUUUUUUUUCUUUUGUGUUGUUCUGUUGCAAGGGGAUACUGAAUUGUCCUUCUGCCUUCAGUUUACUUUUUGCCCAAGGCCCUUAACAUUUGGAGACUUAAAUGGGGUUCAUUUUCAGGGAGAAGAAUUUUGAAGUGGGUAAAGCCUGUCUUAGCAAGGUAGGGCAUCAUAUAUGUGAUGCCUCUGUCAGAUGCAUGGCUUGCUACUAAGUGGCAUUUUGGCCGAGGGAAACCAGCAUCAUGGCACACUACUAUAGACAAUGAAGUUUCCUCUUGUUUUUACUGCUAAAAAGGUCUGAAGUUCUAUGGAAUCACUAUAUAAGCUUAGUUUUAUUUUAUUUAGCUAAUUUUGUUGCUUUUGCUUUCAUCUCUAAAAACAGCAAAUGACAUUUUUAGCAGCUCAUUGCCUAAAGUGAUACCCCCCAGAAGACCAGAUUUCAGAACAAAACAAAACAACAAAAAGCUAUCAACCUUUUUCCUAAUAAGAAUGAUGACUACCCUUCCCCUUCCCCUACCCCCCAGAAUUAAUGAUUUAAAUGCCACUUUCUUAUUGAGGCAAACCAAUUCUGCACAAGAUUGGUCCUUUCAGGUUGAGACUGGCGUCUCAUGCAUGAUGGUCUAGCCACUUCUCUCAUUUUACAGUAUGGUCCUUUUGUUUAAAGAAAAACAAAAACAAAAACAACAUAUUUCAUUCUCCACAAAGUAAAACCUAAAUCUUUUAUAUUAUCCUCAUCUUGCUUCAGAUAUUAAAAGGCACACAAGUUUCAAACUUACUCUUUGCUCAACUUUGCUUAAAGUUGUAUCAAAAAGACAACUCUUUCCACUGGAUAUUUAAGUUGCCCCCAAAUAUAAUUUUCUGAAUUACUUUUAUAUAGGAAGAGGAAAAUCAUCCCAUCUUGGACUUUUAAUUCUCGUUAUGCUGAAAGCUUUUUAAUAGCAGUUAAAUUUGCUUGGACUUCAUCUUGUCAGAGGAACACAUAUAAGACUGACCCUUCCCCCCCCCCCAAAAAAAAGAUUAUUCUUCAAAUUGACAAACAUUUAUUAAGCACCUACUAUGUGACAAAAUAAGUCAGAAAUAAUCCCCCACUGUCUUGUUGGAUAUGCAAAGUGAUGACAACCUGAGUUUUUCCUUGCUUUUCUGUGCAGCUUUUAAAAAUGAAUGAUGUGCUACCAGUCUCUUCUAACGCAGAAGCUAGUGUUGACCAAAAUAUGAGUAGAGUGAGUGUACAGUAUAGGAAAGUUUGGGAUUAGCCUAAGUGACACUAUUUCAACAUAAUAUAAGAAAGCUAGCUGCUAGUUCUUUGUGCUUUCUUCAAUGGUUCUCCUUUUUUUGAUUUUCAAAAUUUCAAGUGUAUACUGUCCAAUAUUUACUUUGGAAAAAAAAACACAUCUGAUGGCAUUUAUAUUUCUUUUUUUUUUUUCUGAUUUUCUGAACAGAUGCAGUAAGAAUUUAUUGUUCACUAGUGUUUUCUAUCCCCUCCCCUUCCAUCCGGUAAUUUGGUUAAAAAUAAUUAUGAUUCAUUAACAAAUCUGGUAUUUAAAUCAUAAGGAUCAUAAAUAUGGCAUUUCCUUGACUUUUUUUUCUAUUUCAAAAUUGCAUUUGACUUUGGAGAGUGAAAGUUUACCCAUGUGACUAAAGAGCUGACCUGAUCACUGCAAUUUCACUUCAUUUAUAAAUACUGCUGAUAGACAGAAAUGUAUGAAAGCAAUUAUUGUCAGCACAAAGCCUUAAAAACCUGCUGACUUCAAAUUAAACAGUCCAAUCCUAUGAUGCCCUGUCAUUAUUCCCAAGCACAGGCAGGAUCCCUGCCGUAUGUAUAGACAAUGAAAACGACAACAUGGGAUGGAAUGCCAACGGUUUCAAAAUUAAUCGAACGCAAAACACUUCUUAUCCAACUUACUUUCUUAGAGGAUGGGCACAUCAACAGGGAUAUGUCUCCCCCCCCCCCCCUUAAAAACAAAAUGGUAUAGUUUGGCUACUGUAGCAUUUAGUUUGUCUACCAUCCAAUCUACACCAAGUAAAGAGACGAUUAACAGGUGGUAGUCCCCUCUUUGGGGAAUUGCUACCCACAGGAGAAGGUGAUCUGCAAGGUUCAAAUUAGGAUCAAGUCAGUCUUUGGCUGUUAAAAUGUCACUGGUGUGUUGUUAUAAUAAUACUGGACUGCCACUGACAAUGGGAAAAGGCAAAGCCAUACUUUAUUCAAACUCUGUGGACUGCUAUGUACUUUCUUGAUCUGGAAUGGAUCUGAUCCUUCAGUUAUGAUGAACUGAUUUUUAAAUUACAAUUACCCUUCCUCCCACCCACACUCUCCACCCUUCCCCUCCAUCUGAUUCAAUUAAGUGAACUGAGCAAGACUGUAGGCUCAUACCUAGACACUGUCACAUCUAUCUCAUGAGAGUAAUAGACUCUUUAACUUCUCUGAGGCAUAGAAAUGAUUUCAGAGUAGAAUUUGAAUCUGAAGGAAAUAUUUCAUUGCUUGAUUCUGUAAAGAGUACUCCUUCAUUUUGCUAUUGGGGGAAGGGGGGGGGGUUCCCCACCCAGUGCAGCCAUAUUCUCUUAUGCCUCAAAGCAUUGAAAAUAACAAAAAUCUGGGUGAUAAAACUCUUAUUUAACUGAAAGUACAAAUCACACCAUCUUUUAGAUGGUAGGACAACUCUCCCUAAAUUAAAUUUAAGUAGGUCGGAGAAGGCUAAUUAUUUUCUUCGAUUGGGGAAGAGUUUAGACAAGAAAAGAGUUUAAAGUCCAUGUUGAAAUAACCAUAUUGCCAUUCGUUUUCUGCUAAUUCUGAUUUCUUUCUGCAUACACACUUGAGGUUAUAGUCUGUGCCUAGACCUUAAAUGCACCAGCGGAAGGAUUGAAAAAAAAAAUCCUUCAAAAUACCAGUUUUUUUCCCACAAGUACAAUUGUUCUUGUGCCUUCUGUGGCUUUCAAUUUCAUCUUUUAGACUUUAUUUCCAAUUAUUACAGCUGCAAUAAACACUAGAUUUUUUUUCUGGCUGUUUGACAUAAUGUUGAUAGCUAUGCAUAUUUUGUGUCUUUUUAAAAAAAAAACAAAGCGGGAGACUACGUUUUUGAAGAAGAGAAUUUUUAGAACAGUUUGAUAAUGCAAAUUAUUUUUUUCCUCAAUUGUUUGAGCAGCAUUCAAGUUUUGAAAAUUCUUGUAGAAGCCAAUUUUUUGUAACUGUGGUGCAAAUCUUGUGUUUUCUUAGCCUAAAGAAAAGUAGUAUAGAAGCAAUAUUUCAUAUGAUGUGCUAUAUAUGUGUAUGCACCAGUAUACAUGUAUAUAAACACAUACAGAAUCUUAUCUAUAUAUAUAUAUAUGCGUGUGAAGUGAAAAGCUUACCUUUUUCCUAUCUAGAUUUAAGAUCCUAUUUUAGACAUCUGUUAUGUUUUGUGAAAAGAAUGUUCUAUUUGCAACUGCAAAACAUUUAAUUCUUACUGUAUCUCUGGAUGUUUAAUGAGAACGUUUCACAUUAAAUGGUAAAACAAGUGGACUAUGUUAGAAUGUAGGCAUUAUUUAAGGAAAUGUUCACCCAUAUAUAUAUUCCUGAGGUUUGCUUUGUGCCUCUGAGUAUUAUUUAAUUAAAAGUGUUUUCAGUUUGCAGAAUCUUUGUUACUGUACCAGGGAUGUGGGUGAAUAUCUUUGAAAAAAAAUACAAAAACAUAAAAAUAAAAAAUAAAACAAAACAAAACCAAGAGGGGAACUUUUAUAAAGCAAUGUAAAUAUUUAACCUUAUGGCUGUUCUUGCAUAAGACAUAAGAUUUUAAUAACGACAUUCUCAAAACAUCUGUUGGAUUUAUUAGGAACACUUCAAUAACUGUAUAGAUAGUUGAAAGCAUUCUUCAAAAUCCAGCCUCUCUACUUUUAAAAGAUAACAGUCUCUUUCAUCAGAUGUCAAGGACAAGGGUGAUACAGUUUCUGUAAAAAUUACAGAAUUUUUUUCUAUGUACAUGAAGUUAUUUAAUAAGUAAAAAAUAAAUUCCUUUCCAUAGGUUAAUGUUAAGAUAUAAAGGUGAAGAUAUUUGUGGCUUUAAAACUAGGAUUUUCACCAGCAGCAUUGACAAAUUUGUAAAAUGAAGAGUGGUUUACAGCUCCCCCAGAAUAAACAUUGUACAUGAGAAGUUAGAGCAAAAAUGAUUUGCCAUGUGUAUUAUAGAGUAUUCAUUGGUGUGACUAGUGCAAAUGUUUCCUUCUGGUACCAACCCUGUGUUUGAAUAUUCCAAGAGGCAUUGUUUUCAAAAAAGCUCCCCUUAAAAGAAUGUAACUGGUUUAUAUGAGUAAGCAGUUACUGUAUUGCACUUAAAUGUUAUGUUGAAGGAAAUGCAAUUUUGUUUUCUGUAGAACUGUUGGUUGUAAACCAUCUAUAAACUGAAGCUCAGAAAGGCUCAUUCAGAGCUGGGAUUAAAAACUGGUCUUUUUAGCCUUUGGGUCUUCUUAGAAACACUCUUUGGGUGGGAUCUGGUGGCACUUGAACUCUUAAGAGUCUUUUUACCUGAGCUACCAUUCCCUUUCCCAAAUCUGACAUCCAGUAAAAUUCAGUCUGUCCAAGAGGGAGAAAGAAGCGACCAGGAGACACAUACAUCUUGGGCUAGCCCUCUUCUUAGAGGAGGAUUUAUUUGUUCUGUAUUUGGGAAAAACACAGAUCCUCUCCACAGCAGGGGGAGGGGGGGAAGCCAUUUAGAAGUGCUUUUGAGGUGGCCCCUACCAGAAGUCAGAGUGAGGGAAAAACGUAUUGAGUUGGACUGAAUGCUACCUAGAAGAAUCAAAGGUUAAAGUUCACACUGGUAUCAUCCCAGCCAUUACUCAUUUGUAUAUAGUUACAAAGCGUGACAAGACACUGCCUUUAUAUUAUUUAGCAAUAUGUUGUAAAUAGCAUUAAGCUCUUUUUUUUGUAAUAAAGACCCUUUAAUUUGAAAAUAGUACAAUAACUGAAACUGAUAAAGUCAAUUUUUGAGUUUUUUUUAGCUAGAGGCAAUUUCAACUGUGGAAUUUUUGUUGUUGUUGUUGUCUAUUGUUCUAAAGACUUUGCAUAAUUUAUUGGUUUAAUUUAUCCUAAUUUAUUUGAUGAAGGUGUACAAUUUUGUAUUACCAAGGAUGUACUGUAAUAUUAAUUGAUGAUAUGAUAAAAAAAACAAUGAGAGUCCCUGUCCAUAUUAAAUAAAAUUUUAAAAGGUGCAGUAGACAAUUGAUUUUAAAGUCAAAGUGAACAUUUUAGUUUGGCAGCUACUAAAUUUUAAAACAGGAAAAAAAAAGAUGUUGUUUGGGGGUAGGGUGGGAAUGGGGUUUUAUUUUGUGUGUUUUAAGCUUUUGUAUACUCUCCAAACUUUGACCUUUUUGCUUUGUACCACUUAAAGGAUACAGUAGUUCAAUUGCCUUGUGUGCCUUCCAUCUUCUCUUAAACUGAAUGUAUGUGCAGUAUAUAUGCAAGCUUGUGCAAAAUAAAAUAUAAAUUACAAGCUCA